AUGAAUCCAAUAGCCAAACUUUUUCAAUCCGCCAAAGUUUUUACCUGGGACUUUAUGCUUGUCCUGGUGAAUACAUUCACACCGAAUCUGAAAUCAGGAGAGGUCGUUGCUCAAGGUCAUCCGGGAUAUAAAGGGAAGUGGCCGGACUAUCAGCCUCCUAAAGAUGGGGAUAGUAGAUGUGCAUGUCCUGCGUUGAAUGCUUUGGCAAAUCACGGUAUUCUGCCGCGAGAUGGAAAGAACAUUUCGUUCAAGGAAAUGGGCCGCGUUGUCAAUGAAUCCUACAAUUUUGCGCCUUCAUUCUGCUUUUUUGUCCCGAACUACUCCGCCAACUUCAUGAACAAAAAUUAUUCCAAAGACACAUUUGAUCUUGCGGAACUCAGCCAACACAACGCGAUCGAGCAUGAUGCUUCUCUCACUAGAGAAGACACACACUUCAACGCAGAUCAAUCAAAACCCCAUAUUCCCUUUGUCGAGGAAUUGUUAUCUUAUGCAACAGGAAAAGACUCCGAAGGUCGCGCUCUUUUAACUGCAGACGAUAUCGCCAGAUAUAGCGCCAAACGACGCGCAGACUCCCAAGCAAAUAAUCCAGAGUUCAGUCUUGAGACCAUUCAUAAGUUCUUUAGCAGCUCAAACAAUUCGACGAUGCUCCGUAUCUUCGGUGGUAGGGUCGAUGACCUCCGGACAAUGCUUGUGGAGGAGCGGAUACCUGAGGGCUGGGAAUCUGUGUGCCAGGCACGAAAAGGUUUGACGAUGGCAUCAUUCAAUAGGACUGCGAUGACUGUGGAAAAGGCCACGACAAAGUUUUUGGCAAAAAAGGACUGA